AUGAAGUUUAAACUAGUAUCGUGGAAUGUCCGGGGAUUGAACAAUAAGGAGAAGAGGGAAACUGUCAAAAGCUUAAUUUCCGAAUGGAGGGCAGACAUCAUCUGCCUCCAAGAAACUAAGCUUGCGGAGAAUAUUACAGAAGUAGCGAAUCAGAUUUGGGGAGGUAGAUGGAUCAGACACGCUUGUCUGGAAGCUAGUGGAACAAGAGGCGGAAUCAUUUUGAUGUGGGAUGAGAGGGCAUGGAAGGGGGAGGUCUUAGAAAUAGGAACCUACUCCAUUACUUGUAGUUUUGAAUCCCAAACACAGAAUUACAAUUGUCACAUAACUGGAGUGUAUGCUCCAAAUGACUACAUGGAGAGGAGACUAGUGUGGGAAGAAUUGGGUUCAGUAAGGGGAUUAUUUGAAGGGCCCUGGGCACUGUGUGGAGAUUUCAAUGUUUCAAGGUAUAUAUCGGAGAAGAAAAAUUGCAACAGUAGAACAAGGGGUAUGAAGGAGUUCUCUGUUUUCAUAGAAGACAUGGAAUUGGUGGAUUUACAACUAGAAGAUGUUGCAUAUACCUGGUUUAAAGGAGACCAACAUGUAGCAGCCUCUAGAAUUGAUAGAAUCUUGUUCUCGAAAGAAUGGGAUGACAACUUCAAUAAUCUGAAACAGAUCCCUUUGCAAAGGCUGUGUUCAGAUCAUAUUCCAAUAGCCUUGAUUGGUGGAAGCUGGGAGAGAAAGAAAAGUUAUUUUAAGUUCGAAAACUGGUGGUUACAAUCAGAAGGUUUUGUUGACAGAGUAAAAGACUGGUGGUCAUCAUUCAGAUACUCAGGGAAACCAGACUAUGUGUUGGCCUGCAAACUUAAAGCUUUGAAGCACAAACUUAAGGAAUGGAGUAAAGAGGAGAGUGGAAACCUUGGCCAACAGUGA